CCCCAGACUUCGGACGGCGCGGGCCGGAGCCCGGAUCGCCGUCACCUAUAGCGACCCUUCCCACUCGGAGAGAAGCAUCGGCCCCGAGGGAGUCUUCCUCAGGCAGCCUCUGCCACCCCUGCAUGGCUGCGACCCCCCGAGCGGAACGUUGUGGCCGCUGAGACCUGGUGCCCUUCGACGGCCUGGCUGAUCCGGGAUCCUGCUGCAGAGCACACCCCACUGGGGGCCCCCAAUCCAGCCAUGCUGGCCUGUCUGCAGAGGACCCAGAACCCGCCAGGCCAACAUCUGACCUGCCCGAGCAAGAGCCUGGAGCUGCGCAAGUGCGAGACAGUGGCCAGCUCCAUGCAUUCCUCCCGCUACCCGAGCCCGGCUGAGCUGGAUGCCUACGCUGAGAAGGUAGCCAACAGCCCGCUGUCCAUUAAGAUCUUCCCCACCAACAUCCGUGUGCCCCAGCACAAGCACCUCAGCCGCACCGUUAAUGGCUAUGACACCAGCGGCCAGCGCUACAGUCCCUACCCACAGCACACCACCGGCUACCAGGGCCUUUUGGCCAUCGUCAAAGCUGCAGUCUCCUCCUCCAGCAUGGUCGCACCCACCGGGCCCGCCAAAAGUGUGCUCAAGAACGCUGAGGGCAAGAGGACCAAGCUGUCACCGGCCACUGUGCAGGUGGGCAUCGCACCCUACCCAGCGCCCAGCGUUCUGGGACCCUUGGCCUACCCCAAGCCACCCGAGGCGCCUGCCCCACCACCUGGUCUGCCUGCAGCCGCUACUGCCACCUCUGUCAUCCCCCUGCAGGGCCGGGGCCUGCCCCUGCCACCUUCCAACCUACCCUCUAUCCACAGCAUCCUCUACCAGCUCAACCAGCAGUGUCAGGCCCCAGGCGCUGCACCCACUGCCUGCCAGGGCGUGGCCGUUCCCCACCCCAGCCCAGCUAAGCACGGCCCCAUGCCCAGCUUCCCCAGCAUGGCCUAUUCGGCCGCUGCUGGUCUGCCCGACUGCCGAAAAGGCACGGAGCUGGGCCAGGGAGCCACGCCAGCCUUGACAUUGGCUGGGGCCACCAAGCCUGCAGGGUAUGCAGACAGUGGCCUGGAUUACCUGCUGUGGCCACAGAAGCCUCCCCCACCGCCACCCCAGCCACUGCGUGCCUACAGCAGUAGCACGGUGGCCAGCAAGUCCCCCGAGGCUUGUGGGGGGCGGGCGUAUGAACGGGUCAGUGGAUCGCCCCUCAACUGCGGUGUGGGGCUGCCUGCCAACUUCACCGUGGGCCAGUACUUCGCUGCUCCCUGGAACAGUGUGCUGGUGACCCCCACCAGCGACUGCUACAACCCGGCGGCGGCAGUGGCGGUCACCGAGCUGGGGCCGGGGGCAGCCCGGGAGCUGGCUGGGCCUCCCACAGAUGCCCUCUCAGGUCUGCCCAGCAAGAGUGUGUGCAACACAUCAGUGCUGAGCAGCAGCCUGCAGUCGCUGGAGUAUCUCAUCAAUGACAUCCGGCCACCCUGCAUCAAGGAGCAGAUGCUGGGCAAGGGCUACGAGACGGUGGCUGUGCCCCGGCUACUUGACCACCAGCAUGCCCACAUCCGCCUGCCCGUCUACAGAUAAGGCCUGCCCAGCAGACAGACGGACAGGGCGCUGAGGGGGAAGGCAGGCCGCAGAACAGGGUGGGCGGCUCACAGGGGCAUUCAGCCCCACCCUAUGCCCACUGAUGCCCACAGGGAAGCCAGGCUGGCUGCUGCCUCACUACUGCCAGAUGGGAGGUGGCGGGGCAACCUUGCACACCAAGGCUCCUCCCCCCAUCAGCUGCUCCAGGACAUGGGGAGGGCCCGGGGCAGCUGCUGAUGUCCAUGCCUUCCUCCAUCUAAGCUGGCAGAGGCAGGGAGAGAGAAACCACUUAAAAACAAGAAUGGUUCUUUGGGUCUCUGGGGAGAGGGGCUCAGGCCAGGGUGGGAUGCAGGAGGAAAUGGGAUGCUCCAGAGUCAGGGUAGGGGUCAAAGCAGCCCCCAGGGGUCAGACAACUGGGUCUUCCCCCACAAGCUCCCCAGUCUCCUGUAAAAGGAGCAAAGGGGGCCUAUAGGAAGUCACUGGGCCAAAGUGUCUUUCCACCAACCAAUCCAGUGAAGACCACUCUGACAGAAGCCCCAGGGACUCCUCUCAGAUUCUCCUCCCUGCUCACAACCCCACCCAGCCAUUCCUUCCUAACACAUAAUUGCACCCCCAUCCCCAUUCUCCAAACCCUGGACCACCCCUUCCCCCUUCCCUCCAAUACAUCUCACAGGGCUGCUGGGCACAGUUGUGCAGGCUGUGCACUGCAAAAGGGCACCUUGUCCAAGGAGACACCACUUGCAUCCUAGACUUGUAUAUUUAUUACAAUUUUCCGCAUCUUGAGGAAGGGGCGCUAUUUUCCUAUUCGCACAAAGGCGCCAUAGGGGCUGACAAUGGGCCUGCAAUCUUAGACCUUAUUCAGAGGGACCUUACCUUGCCUUCUUCUUGGGGUGGGGGUGGGGGGAGGAGCAGUCUCCUGGGAGCCAGUGAGACAGCAAUCCACUGGUUUUAAUUGGGAGACCAGAUCCAACUCCUUUCCUGCAAACCAUUGUCCCAAGGCCUGUCUGACACCAUUGAGUGGGGGAGGCAGGCAGGGGUUCCCCUAUUAAGUCCCCAAGGCCCGAAGUCCCCCAGGUCCUGGCCCCUCUGGCGCUCCGGAAGCGGUACUGUAUCUCUCUCCAAGGCCUGUUCAAGCACUAAGUGCAUUUACAAAUCUCUGAGAAUGUUUUUUUAUAUACUAAAAUUGACCAUUAUAUUCUACUGUGAGAAGUGCAGUCUGCACUAUAUUGUUUUAAAAAUGAAGAGAAAGAAAAAAAAAGGAAAACACA